AUGCCCUCCUAUCUCAUCACGGGCGCCAGUCGAGGGUUGGGCUACACCUGGCUUAAGCACCUCUCCUCCAAUCCUGCAAAUAUUGUCAUUGCCUUGGUCCGCAACAAAGGUACAACCCAAAAUCGACUGGUCGACGAUAACCUCACCAAUGUGCACCUUGUCUGUGCGGACAUCACCGACGCCAAAGCCCUACAGACCGUUGCCGAGCAAGUCAGCAAGAUCACCGGUGGAAGUUUAGACAUCCUGAUCAACAACGCCGCAAUCCUAACCCCGAACAGUGCAUUCAACUCCAUUGUCGAUUUAUCCCCAGAGGUCUUGGAAGAGAACAUCCUAGAUUCAUGCAGAACAAAUGUCGUAGGGGUGGCACACACAAUCAAUGCACUCCUACCACUUAUUCGAAAAGGGAGAGAAAAAAAAGUUAUGCUUAUCUCGACGCUAUUGUCAGACAUGGAUUUUGUCAGCCGCUUCGCAAUUGAUAAUGCAACCCCAUAUUCCGUUUCCAAGGCCGCGGCCAACCUUCUCAUGGCCAAGUACCACGCAGCCCUUGGAGCUACGGAAGGGAUACUUUUCAUGGCGAUUAGUCCCGGCGUUGUAUCCAAGCCAGACAUGACACCAACGGUAGACGAAGCAGAGGGGAGGCGGAAAAUGGCCGGCAAAUUGAAAUCGUACGCGCCACACUUCACAGGCCCAGUCACUAUGGAGGAGAGUGUGAGGAUGCAGCUGGAGGUCAUUGACAAAGCGACCGUGGAAACCUAUGGUGGAACUUUUGUCAGUCACUUUGGGAAUAAAAAAUGGCUGUGA